CUCCCUGGGCCCUGGCCCCUGUGCUCCCCUUGCCACCGAACGAGAGCCAAAAGCCUCCCGCCCCACGACGCGCCCGCCCCGGCGGCGACGCCCCGGAGGACGUUUCCCGCAGCGACCGGCGACCAAGCCUUGAUUGCCUCCGCCCCAUGGCUACCCGGGCGCGGGCGUAGCCGCCGCCUCGGCCGCAGCAGGCUCGGUCCGCCCCCCUCGGCGAUUUCUGUUCCAGUCGCAUCGCGCGACAGCUCGUCGUCCGAUUCGGAUCCCCGCCACCGCGGCGGAACGAGGCGUCUCCGGUCCCCGAGGGUAUUCGGGGAAUUUGAGACUGAUAAGUCGGGAUCCUGUCGAUAAUGCGGGGCUACGUGUACGAGACCAAUGUUGCUGUGGACAGACCGCAGAAGGGAAGGGAGCCUGCGCUAGUUGCUAAUGACGGAGAGCGAGGGUUACCACCAGGAAGUGGAAGAUGAGUACGGAGAUGAGUACUAUGAUCAAGAUGAGUAUGAGGAGGAAGGUUCGGGUGCUGGGGAUGGGUAUGCUGAGGAGGAAGAGCCUACAGAGGGACAAAAGGAGAUCCUUGAAUUGAGAGAAAGAUUAAAAGAGCAGAUUAGGCGAAAGGCAAAGGCUGCUGCUGCCUGCACAGCUGGUCGAUCAUCUUCUUCACAAAUACCUCAAGCCAGGGACAAAUUUGGCUCUUUUUUUGGGCCAUCCAAGCCGGUGAUUUCUCGUCGAGUGAUAGAAGAAAGAAAAUCAUUGAAAGAACUGCAUAGCACGGUUGCAAGGGAGCCAAGGCCUUCUGGAGUACAUAAGGAUAUUCCAUCGUCCUCUAAAGUGCAAAGUAGAGUAAAUGGACAUCAGCAUAAACAAAAGAUUGUUAAUCAGGUAAAGAAGAAGGCUGAGGCACUUAAGGAUAACCGGGAUUAUUCAUUUCUACUCUCGGAUGAUGCUGACCUGUCAUCCUCUCCAAAGGAGAAACCUGCUGCUAGAUCUUCCUUGACUCAAAGGGCUGAUCGUGAGGUGACACAAUCAACAGUAAAGAGGAAGGCACCAACAAGUCAACCUGCACGCUUGUCAAAUGGAUAUGGACCUAAGAACACAAUGUCAACUCAAAGGCAUGCUGAAGGUAAGGUAAAUUCCAUGAGAAGGGAGGAUUUCUCGAAUACAGAAAGGGUUGUUUCACGUGACAAUGAGAGGAUGUAUGAAAGGGUUGUUUCACGUGACAAUGAGAGGAUGCAUAGUAUUGCAAGAAAUGGAUCCAACCAGGCAAGUACUAGCAAAACCACAAUCCAAAAGCAUCCAAGCAGGGGUCCCAUUGCUAAUAAGCAACCGUCCAAGGAUUCGAAUGAUGCAACUCUGAGGAAGAGCAGUGUAGCCUCAAAGCACCAUCCCUUAGAGAUUGACAGACCAAAAUCCUCGCAAAGUCAGAGGAUGCAGUCAGCUGGUCAGAGACCACAGCAUUCUUCCCAUGGUCAGACGCCACAUCAAUCCAUGCAGCAUAGGACGCAGCAGUCAUUGCAGAGUCGGAGGCCACAACAAAUGACACAGGGUCAGAAGCCACAACAGUCUUUGCAGAGUCAAAGGACUCAACAGUCCUUGCAGAAUCGAAGGCCACAGCAGUCCUCACAUAUUCAGAAAUCGCAAUCCUCACAAGCACACAGACCACAGUCAUUAAGUAACAGGUCUCAGGCUUUACAAGGACAAAGGCCUCUUUCUUCACAGGGUCAAUAUCCGGAGCAAAGAAGAGUACAUGCAAGUGACAGAGUCAAACAAGCUGAAAGGCAGAUUCGGCCUCCUUCCAAGUCCAUGCCAUCACGGCCAGUCUCUUCCAAUGGAAUUCGUGAUGAUCAUGCAAAAAGGAAGCAAGUGGCAAAAAGAAGAUUUGAUGAAGAUGAUGAAGACCCCUUAGCAAUGAUCAGAAAUAUGUUUGGGUAUGAUCCUAGUAGAUAUGCAGGCAGAGAUGAAGAUGUCAGUGACAUGGAAGCCGAUUUUGCUACUAUAGAAAUGGAAGAGAAAAGGAGCGCGAGGAUUGCUAGGCAGGAGGAUGAAGAACAACUUCGCUUGAUUGAGGAAGAAGAGAGACGCGAGCAGGAGAGAAAGAGGCGAAAGAUGGCACGAGGCCGAUAGUCGAAUACACUCCUAUUUGGAUGUUAUAAUAUACUACCUUCGUUCUCGAAUAUUUGUCGUCCGCUGGUUCAUUUUUGAACUAAACCGUGACAAAUAAAAAAGAACGCAGGAGUAUCUGGCAGGCCUGAUUGCCUGAAUACGAAGCCCCAUGGCGGAUCAGACAGGCACUUCUCUUGCAGUCCUGUUUACCCUUACCACGAUGAUUAUCUGGAGGCAAAUCAAGGGAAAACGACAGGUGACCAACACUGGGCACGUGUAACAGCAGACUGUAGUUGUAGUGGUUUAGUUCUCGAAGCUGACAUGGACUAUAUUUAAGUUCUCGUCAGAUUGUUUGGAUAGCAGAAGGUUUCCAUUGUUGCAGCGCCUCACCAGAUUGUUUCUUCAUAUGAUAUACUGAUUCUUUCAGUCAAGCCUAUAUAAGGAUGCGUAAUACAAGUGCCCCUCUUGUAUAUCUUUUUCGGGUGUAAUAGUGUUGUAAUAAACGAUGUUCGAAUUUUCGGAUAUGAUUUUGAGCUUUGUCAGGCGAUCACUGCACCACGGUCCACAGAGAUGCGCUUCUGGCCGGGAGCCAAUCGAAGGAAGCGGGAAAGGGGAUGCUGCACCUUUCGUAGACAACAUUAUUAUUUUGCAGGUUUUGGCUGCUGAUUGGCCGCUAUGAAAAAUUGAAGACAGACCUAGGAUGGCAGUCGUGUCGAUAUGCCACUAGAGCAAGUCUCUUAUUAAAACCCCAUGGAGUUUGGCGUCUCCCUGCGAUCCACGGCAUCCUCGCCCACCUCCUGCCGACGUGUGUUCCCGGAUCCGAAUCCUUCAUCAAAUUUAGUUGUGAACGCGGGUCGCCUCUGAUCUGAUCUGGCCGCCAAAGCCGUGCCCGAGCCCCUCUCCUUGACGACGAGUUCUCCACCCAUCUCUCUUCUUCCUCCCUCUCGUCGCUCUCUCCUUCGCCUUUGCGUCAGUUCGUCGUCAUCUUGAUUGAAGAUUUAUGUUUAUAGCCUACAAGUGAAUUUAAUUGAUGAUUUCUAAUUCUUCACAGCUGCCCCAGUCGGUGAGGCGAGGAGCGUGGAAUAUCGCGAUGCUCGAUUCAAGCUGCAACAAACUCCCUCACUCGACAGUACCUCCCGCUGCUCCUCUAGCCAUUUCUUGCUGCUGCUACUACCUAAGCUAACAUAGCCUUGAUGCUGCUAGCGCAUGACCUACGCUCACUAUAAAUAAGAAUGCAAUAAGAAUAAGAUUUUUUUUCAACACAAAAGUUCUCUUAAACAAGAUAAAGAAACAUAUCUAUUUCAUAGAUAGAUUUACAAUAUGUUCCCUAUGCUAAGUUGUUAACUGGGUUCAUAUCUAUUGUGAAAGUGCUGACCACGAACAAUACAUGCCUCAAGAUACAUUGGUCAACACAGUUUCUUAUGUCUAAGAAGGCAGGCGCCUAUUUUUCGUACCUUUUAUAUGCAGGAGUAUGAAGCAACAGUGGCAGCACUUUCACAAAUGGAGAAGAGAGAUGUAAUGGCAAAAACAAUGCUGGAAGCUACAAAGCAAUACCAGGCUGGACAGGUUAAAGACAACCAAUCUUUCGCUUCAAGUUAUUCUUUUGGCUACAUUUUACUUCCACUUUCCAAGCAUCUAGAUCACUUACGAGAUAUUAUUCGAAGUCUAUUACUUCAACCGCGGCAUGACUACUUUUCAUGUGUCCCACUAACUAUUCCUUGAGUUGGUUUCUUUUCCUCUCCAAUUAUUUUUUCAUGUGCCCUGUUAACAUUUUCUCGGUAUUCCUACUUUUAAUUUAAUAAGAUUGAAAUCUAAUUUGAUACUACAAUACUUCAUUUACUUGUAACCUUCUGUAAUUCAGUUCACCUCGUGCAGACCAUGUUCUUGGGAAGAUAAAUCAAGAACCAAACCAAGAUACGUCAACAAGAGAAUCAACCUGCUUUCUAGGGGACUUGGAUGGCUUGACAAGAGCAAGUCAUGCCCCUAAAGUCAAAAGUUUACCAAAAAUAACUAUCUGGGUUCAUGACUUCUGGUACCAGGCCCUACAUGUCAUUAUCAGAGCCCUUGUUUCUUACUAGCCUAAUUGAUCUAGAAAGAUCAUACAAAGUUGAGUUACAGUGGAGUCACUAUAUAUGAAUUUUUUUAGCAGGGAAUGCAGGAUUCUGCUGAAACAUCUUGAGGCUAAACUCAUCUAGAGUCCAAGAUGAAGUCAUAGCUCCCAACAAGAUCUAGAUUUUUCAUUAAUGCUUGGAUUGCCUGAUCACGACAACAAUGUGUUGAAAUCAACUUAUAUGUUUUAUAGGGAGAUUGAGAUUCAGCUGGUAUUUUCCAUGAAGUUUUGUAGGAAGUGUAUCUUGUACCAUAUUGAGUUUAGCUGUCAGAUAAAGUUUUGUUGACGGCAAUGCAACACCACUUAAUUGGGGAUUGAAG